GCCAAUUUUAAUAAGUGUGACUAAAAUUGCGGGAUUCUUUUCCUCGAGAGUUGGUAAAUUUUAUGAGUAAUAAGAAAACGUUAACUACCAGAUAGACAAGUAUGUGGAACGACACAAAUCAGUUUGGUGGUGGAUAUCAGUCAAUGGAUACUGGUUUUGGAGGUGGAGGUUACAUGCAAGAUGCUGGGGGAUUUGGUUCCCCAAUGACAGACUCCCAGGAAAAGAAACGCUCCCCAAUGAGAGCUCAGUCCAUCCUUCCAUGCUCCAUCAAGCAGCUUCACAGUGCAACAUAUAACCAAACAGAAGAUGCCUUCAAACUAGGGAAUAUUGAGUUGAACCAGGUUUCAGUGGUUGGUGUCAUUCGGGAUGCACAAGAGUCAGCAACUAAUAUUAUGUACACAAUUAAUGAUAUGACUGGGGAGGACAUCAUUGUGAGAAAAUGGCUUGAAAAUGAGGAAAGUGAUGCAGAGAAAGACAAACGAUCAUCCUGCAGGGAAAACACUUAUGUUCGAGUAAUUGGUCACCUUAAGUCAUUCAGAGAGAACAGUCGCAGUUUAAUAGCCUACAGUCUAAAUCCUGUCGUGGACUUCAAUGAAAUUACUUAUCAUAUGAUUGAUGUUAUUCAUUCUCACUUGGCAUUAAGUAAGCAAUCUGAAAUGACUAGUAUGACAACUCCUAUGAAACACACAACUCCUGGGCGAGGCUUCCAGGGUCAGAUGACAACACCUGGCAAGAUGAACCAAGGAUUUGGCGGAAACAUGGGAGGAACAAGUGCUGGGCUCAGUGGUAUUCAAAAUGAGAUUCACAGAAUGAUUACAUCAUGCCAACACGAGGAAGGCAUGUCUGUAGCUGAAAUUAAACAAAAAGUUAGAACAUCAGAACAACAAAUCAGGAGUACUUUAGAGUGGCUCAGCAAUGAAGGCCACAUCUAUUCCACCAUAGAUGAUGACCAUUUCAGAUCUACGGACAGCUAUUGAGAAGAUUUAGGUCCACUUCCACUUUUCACUUGCUGCAGUAACACAUGCAACCAUAAGAUCAUGACAGACUACAGUUGUUUAGCCCAAAUAGCCGAGAUACAAAAACACUAUGCUAGCAUACUGAAGUAGCAAGAAGACCUCAUCACUUUGCUAUGCAAGUCUGUUACCCAUCUUAUUCCAUACCUGACAUAUUGAAAAAAACACAUAAUACCCAGUAGACACUUAGUUCUGUUUUGUUUAUUUGGUUUUUGUGUUCGUUUGUUCAUGUAUUUUCAGCAUUAUCUUGUCCUCAUGUUGGGCAACAUUUGAUAUCACUUAAGUGUUAGUAUAUUUAGUGUUUAGUGGGUUGUCCUCAAUAGUUAAAUGAAUUUUAUUACCUGCUGAAAAUUUAACAGUGAUAAUCAUGCAUGAAAGAUAUGAAUUCUGUUUUGUUAUAGUUAUUUGUAAAAAUGAGCACCGGUAAUGUUGGUACCCUUUGAUAGUACCAAUGCAAAUGCAGAUAAGCAAACAACUAUCCAAACAAUGAACGAAACAAACCUAACCUUCUUUUCAACAGGUUAUUUGCAGUCUCUUUUAACUGCGAUUUUUAGUCCUUGCAACUACAGUCUCAAUUGGGUCACUGAGUUGCACUUUCAGCGUUUUUUGUUAUUCAUUUGUAAUAAUCAUGCAGGUCAGGAUAGGUUGAGCUAAAUGAGUACAGAAAGCAAAAUAUUUUUCCUACCGAGCUGUUUGCCUAACCUUUGUACAACACAAUUAAACGCAACGUAACGUGGAAAAGUAGAUACUUUUGUCCCAUAUAUACAGUAGUAUUCAACCCUUUACACCCUAAUAUCAGUAUGCAUAUUCUCCAUACUGUUCUCAUUGUAUUUCUUAAGGUGAUGUCACGGAGAACUUGUUUAAAAAUCAAGGGCUUUUCUGUUG